UCACGUGGUGUCAAUGUUUACGGAAGCUGCAUCAUGCGAAGUUUAUAGAGGCUAAAAGUUGGCGAUAUUUUGCGUAUUCUUGGCAAUCAGCAUGCUCCUAAUAACGUGUUGAAGUUUUUUUUUUUUUUGUAGUGAUCGUUUUCCAGCUAACAUGCAGGCGGAAUCACCCGUAACGUCUCCGACAUUUGAUUUGUUAGACUCGUGUGGUAAAUUUCGUGUGCUGGUUGGGGUCACGGGUAGUGUGGCAGCGCUCAAAGUGCCUCUGUUGGUCUCCCAACUUCUAGAGUUGCCCGGGGUGGAUGUGCGUGUUGUCACUACAGAACACGCCAAGCACUUCUACAACCCUGCUGAUGUGGCUGUCAGAGUCUACAGUGACACACAUGAGUGGGAGCUGUGGAGCCAGCGUUCUGACCCUGUCCUGCACAUAGAGCUGAGACGCUGGGCUGACCUCCUCGUUAUAGCCCCUCUGGACGCUAACACACUGGGGAAGAUCGCCAGCGGCAUCUGUGACAACUUACUGACGUGUGUGGUACGGGCCUGGGAUACCAGUCGUCCUCUACUCUUCUGUCCAGCGAUGAACACUGCUAUGUGGCAUCACCCCAUCACCUCUCGCCAGGUGGACAGCCUUAAAGAGUUUGGCUACGUUGAGAUCCCCUGCAUCGCCAAGAAACUGGUCUGUGGAGACCAAGGUAAAGGGGCCAUGGCAGAGGUGUCAACGAUCGUAGAUGUUGUGAACCAAUUCAUCCAGAAAGCUGCCGAGUCUCCUCAGGAAGGAGCAGGCCAGGUGCUGUGAGGAAGGAGCAGGCCAGGUGCUGUGAGGAAGGAGCAGGCCUGUGAAUAUUAAUGAACUGCAGAUAGUAAAACCCAGAUGGACUCCUAGAGCCUAUGCACUUGUGGAGAUCUGAGAGGAUUUUGAUUGGAAUAGGUAAUAUGCUGAAACUUCCAUCUAGCCUAUCAGAGGGCAAGGUGGAACUAUUACCAUAAUGACUGCGCCCGUCAAAUCUUCUCAGAUCUGCUUAAAUCAAUCCCUAGGUCCUAGGGGUCCAGUGGGAUUGGGCCAGAGGUCCGUUUGGGAUUGGGCCAGGGUCUAGGGGUCCGUUUGGGAUUGGGCCAGGGUCUAGGGGUCCGUUUGGGAUUGGGCCAGGGGUCCGUUUGGGAUUGGGCCAGGGGUCCGUUUGGGAUUGGGCCAGGGUCUAGGGGUCCGUUUGGGAUUGGGCCAGGGGUCCGUUUGGAAUUGGGCCAUUGACACGAAGAUGAGGCAUUCGGAUGAAGAUUGCUGCAGUUGUGAUGUAAUCAUUUGAAUGUAAUGAACCGAUUUUAUUGAAGCCAAAUGUUAAAGAGACAAGAGUUUGCAAUAAAUGUUUGUAAUUUAGUUAUU